UCGCGUGAGCGGGCAUACUCAGUGAGGCACGACGAGCAGUGACACGGUCACGUCCGCCAAGUUCGGGCUACCGCGCAUCGCCACUUGAUUGAUUGAUUGUGAAGCAGUUCCCUUCGCUACACUACAAACAGUAACAGUUGUGCCUCGCUGUCUGUCUCUGUAUUUCACGACCAUAAUUCCGUGGACGAUUCUUCUCUAAACAAAAUGAAAAUGAUAGGUGCGCUCCUUCUCGCUACAUUGGUUAAUUAUGCUGUUCUUGGUCUAGAACCAAGUCAUUUCCUGUCAUAGAGUCAUGAUGAAUGAUUAAACGACGAUCGAUGAUUAUACGCUACAACGAUCUCUUUUGCACAACUACAAGAACAACUGCAAACCCAAUCACCACCACGACUCUUCUACGUAUGUAUGAAUACCUUUCUACGUAACGGUAACGACGAGUUGUGCGUAAUAAACACUUCGUCUAGUUGUACACUUUGACUUUCUACAACUCUUCUACCCUUCUACAUCAACGACCUCCAACAACGAACGACGAACAUCAUGUCCGACCAAGAAAUGUUGAAGGCCUCGCAAGCUGCAAAUCCUAAACCUGAUCCAUCAGGAGCCAAGGAGCAGGACAAUGUCGUGGAGGGAGUACCCGCACCAAAAAUAUCACCCGUCUCGUCUCCCAAGAACAACGUUUUUGCUGGCGGUGGACUCGAACUACAGGAGACUUCUUCCGCAUUAGCAGGUCCUCCUGCCACGAAAUUGCGCUCAGAGUCAGCUUCUCCUGAAAUUCUGGCUCUGGAAACUGCACCGACGCACAAUAGCGAGGUCUCAAGGAAGCUACCAGAAGUUACGACACCGACAGGAACUCCUGGUGGUUCAUCACAUAAACAUAAUGCAACUCCUGCAGUACUAGUAGCUUCUCAUAAUGUUAAGGGUAGGUGAAAGGUGCUUUUGUUACCGUUUGUUAUGGCUCUCUCCCUUAGGUGGGGACAGCCAUAACAAGCGGGAUAAACGAACACCAAAAACCUAUCUCUAAUGAUGUAGCAGCAGCUCCAGGCCCAGCCGUAGUUCGUCCGGCUCUUCAUCAAGUACAACAUCUACAUAACCCUCUUCUCUACUACCCUACCACUACGACCCCGAGUGCGACAAGUGCUGUUCAAAAAACGCAGACAUAUCCCACAUACUACCUCCCAGCACUUAGAAGUCAAGCGAGUAGUACGGCGAUUCCACCAACAUCUUCUGGUACGAGCUCCUUUACCCCUUCUAGUAGUGCAGCAGCCUAUUAUCCAAGCACCGGAAUACAUCACUUGUCCGUAACUUCAGAUUACCAAUAUCAGCAUCCUUCAACUAGUACACCUGCUACAGCUGGUGGUGGUGGAUAUUCGUACGUUGUUGACCAGCACCAGAAUGAGCACCAAAUAAAUUACCAGGAACAUCAUCAUGAUCAUCUACAGUCUUACUAUGGUGGUGAAGGAGGUCAACACGGUCCUCCACAUCAUCCAGAAACAUCCUGGUCGCUUCCUGCAAGGGGAGUUGUGCGACAUACCGCGCAUAUACCUUUGCGUCAGGUCUACAGUGACGGAGCUACUCAACAGCGACUACUAGGCUUAAACGGAUACAACGAAGUUGUUGUUGGGUCUACGACCUCAAGAGGUGCAGAAGUUUUAGAGUUAGACGAUCACCACAAUGUGCAGUGGGGUGUUCAAGAGAGCGUGGGUUCUUCUCAGAGUUACGUCUACAACAACGGCGGGAGGUACCCGUCAGCUCCUGCGGGACCUGUGGCGGGAGCACAACACUUACCCGGACCUCGCUUACCUCCUGGCCUUUGCGGCAGUCGGUCAGCGUCAGCCACUGAGAAUGAUCACCAAGACUUGGUCGUAGGGGGAGGUGUCUCUAGUAGUACUCAACAGCUGCACCCUAGUACUCAUACUCAACAACAUGCUACGUUAUUUUUACCGACAGGAGCGGCGCCAGCAAGCGGCGAACUUGCGUUAAAGCACCAAGAUGCCUCUGGUGCUGCUGUUGCCCAUACUCACCAGCUCCAUUCGGGCCCUGCAGUAGAAGCUACAUCCUCCUUACUCGUCGCCUCCGCUGCUGAUGAUCUUUCUCCAAACUCAAAAAAGUCCGACAACACUCUCAUGAGCCUAGAUGGCUCCGACGAGGUGGAACAGGUCGCAAGUGGUUACAACUACAAGUUAGCUGGUGUACUAGAUGAACAAGGUGGUCCUUCGUCCUCCUCUGGUGACUUCCAUCAAGCCAAUGCUGAUGUUGCUAGUCCUAGUGGGUGGAAAGUCCAAGAAGGUGAAACAAGUAGUAUCAGUGAUUUCGAAGAUCAAGAUGCCAACUCUGAGCAAAACAACAACAACAGACCAGAAGAGACCGCUCAAGAGCGUGAAAAACGUCUCGCGGAGGAUCGCGAGGAUGACGAACUAAUCGAACUACAUCAGCGACCAUGGUGCUACAACUACCCAGAGGGCCACUACGUCCCAGGCCUCUUGCAAUUUGACCGCGAUAUGCGUCCACUGAGUCAAUAUGACCGCGAACAGAUGGAAAAAGUGAAGAAAAUUAGCACGAAAGCAGAAGGUGUAACAACAUCGACGUCGAAUACGACUACAACGAACUAUGACUUCACGGUGUUGAGACAGUGCAUUUGGAGGUACAACAAAAAACGAAGUUGUAUAAUGUUAGGGUUAGCAUGCAUAAUUUCUAUUCUUGUUCGCAGGAGCGUUAGAUUUACAGGUUACUCUACCAUAACAUCCAGAUCUACUGCGCUUCCACAAUACAUCUCUUCUCCCUCGUCCACUACCCACAUACAACAAGCCAAUCGUGAUAUAGAUACCUCGGCUACAACGAACUGGAGAUCCGUGCUUUCGGCAAUACCAUGCGCUACGCAGACUACAAACAGGAUUGCAUCGCUUAUUUGCGCUUUUUGCUGUCUCAGGAACCGCAGAACUGUGAGUGGAAGCAUGGCUAUCUCUUAGCAAUGUGCCUCAAACAAGAUUUCGCUAAAGGAGAUGACCUUGCGGUCAGAGGACAGUCAGCAGCAGCUGCAGUGACACCGAGUGUUACGAAUUUAGAACAAGAUCAUGAGAUGAGAAGAAAGAAGAAGAACGUAACACAAGUCUCGAGAAAAUGUGUCCAAAUUUUGACUUUGUGUAGUCCCUUCAUCGCAUCUUCGGAAUUAUCCGUAAAUCAAUGAAUUCUCCCACCACGUCAGCGCCACCCUGAUGUCCCGAAGAAAACAUAAAAAAAGUUCGAGAACAACAAUUAUAUCUACCUCCUUGACGUCGACAGCGCCACUCCUUCUCUCUGAUAAGAGAUAUCAAGCAUGAUAUCAAGCUAGCAUGAUGAUAUCAAGCAUCUAACACAAGAGGGAGUGGACCCUUUAGUACGUCCUCCUCGACGUCUACUCAGCAGAGGCAGCAUUUGGAGCGGGUGAUCGACAGUCAAAUGUUCUCGCUUCUCACGCAGCUGUUUAUUCAGGACUCUAGAGCGGCUCGCGUGGAAGAGUUGGAGGAAAUCUUUCUAUCGUUAGGCGCUAGAAAAAAGAAUUCGCAUGUUUUAGCAGCCAUGAUUCGUGGAUAUGGGUGCAAAGGGUACUUACUUCUGUGAAGAAGAUACAUCACUUGAUCUUCGAUAGUCAGAACAACUUGUAACUAAUAUGAAUGUAGAGGUAAGUGAAGUUAAAUAACCUACAAUCUAAUUCAUACUCCAAUAUAAUUCUUGAGUUGUUGUACUAGAAGCUGUAGUGAAAGAACAUCAGUUGUCCUUUUCGUCCAAACGACGGAACCUUUUUUUUGGAUUUGACGGACCUUUCCAAUUCCAAAGGUAUUGGAUGUCCUCCCUGAAACUGUUUCUGCAUUCACGCGAGCGCCUGCUUGACCCUGAAUCGAAGGAUUACGAGUACCGCUAUCUCGUGUACCAAGCCGCAUUGGACUGGGCUUUGCACAACAGAGUGAGCUUCAUGAUCUACAUGGUCUUGAGGUUUUGUUUAUGAAUGGAAAGUAGGCUGAAAAAUAUGACAUUAAUUAAUGACUUACUAAUGAAAGUGGCUACAAUCUAAACAAUUCAUCACUCUUCUUAUAGGAUAAAUUUUUGCACAUAGGUGGAUGAAGAUCGCCAUUUUCUGUCAAAUGAUAGUACGUCAGCGUAAAAGAACUCUCUCGAUGAAAUAUCCUUAACCUCCGCUGAAGAGAGAACAAGGUGAAAAGUUUCUAUUUACAAUUUCAGCUGGUAAUAUGUCGUGAUUUUUUCCAGCACACCUCUAAUCCCCCAAAUCGAUGGAAUCCCGAUCCGUUAUCCUGGCGGCACCUGUGGCAAGGUCGCCGGUGGCGUAGAUUUCGUCUCCUGGCCUGUUGAGGAGUUGCGUUUCAUGUACCCUGAAGAACCUGGUCUAGGGGCUCCGAAGAUCAAGUAUUACACUUGUCCCUCAAUCCCAGAAGAGCGACUCAGUGGCGCACUGAAGCCUAUCCCGACACAUCAAGCGGAACUGCUAAUGUCGGGAUCCUCAGCGGCGGGCUUUGACCUUGACGUUGACCUUGGGUGUCCAGUUGCAGGAGAGACUGCUGGAGUUGGAGGAACUACGGGUACGGUAGUUAAGGGUAGGUUAAAGGUGCUUUUGUUACCGUAGUUUGUUAUGGCUCUCCCACCUAAGCGAGUGGGGACAGCCAUAACAAGCGGGAGAACCCACGAACACCAGAAACCUACCUCUAAGGUAGAGAACGGCUCAUCCAUCAACAUGAUGGAUGCACAACCGUGGAAUCUCCACGCUUCGCCAGUGAUCGGCGCAGAAGACACGAGAGCGAAGAUGCUCUCAGUUCUGGCAGAAGGGAACUUUUCUGCGGUUAAUGAAGUGUAGAGAACUUUUCUGCGUAAGUGAGUAGAAGUACGUAAGCAUAGUACCUCCUAGAAGUUCUUCGCUGCAUAAGAACUAGUACAGAAUGAAUUUAUGAAUAUGUUGUUCUUGUAUUACUAGAAAUAUUGAGAAAUAGGUAUACCGAGAAUGACGUACUUAGGUACGUGUUGCAUACGAAGGACUACAUAACACAUUUAGACACUCCCCAUUUAUUUUCGUUCUAGUCCUUUGCUCUCAUUUAUGCACAGUUGAUGUAAAAAAAGAACUUCUUUUAGUCGGUGUCGAAAUAGUACCUCAGCACGUAGUCGUGGUAGUCGUGCCUACUUACUUGUUUCCGUACGCAUUUGCGUUUGCCAGCAUGUCGGUCGGUUUCCUUAUCUUAGUAUAACACUUAACUUCUAGUUCUAGUACAUGAUCUUGUCAUCCUGCUUCAUGUUCUCUGUCAUUGCGUUGUUCCCGUUAUACCAGCCAUUUUUCCGUACGCACAACGAACGAAAACUCCAGCUUAUGCUUGUUGUCAUAUAAAAAGCCUUUUGUUCUUAACUUUGAAAACUGCAAUUUGAAUUUCGCCUAUUCACCGCACUCCCACCAUUUUAGUACGUACACGUUUUUCGAUCUAUUGUCCUCGUUUCAAUAUUUGUUACAUCAGAGCAAUCAACGACUGGAGCCAGCGAGUCAACCUACGUCGAACAAUGUCAUGGUAAUUUACCGAUCUCCUUAAUCACCCUUAUUUCGUUUUUCUCAUUCAUCUCAAAAGCUCAAUAUUUUUCUCCUUGUUCAGACCAGUUAGUGUGCAUUUCUUGAAGCAUAAUUAUGACCGUAAUCGUAUCGUCUAUCUUCAAAGUUUAGUCAAUUUUCUUGUCGCACCAGUUUCGUAUAAAAAUGUUCCCUGUCAUGAAUUUGAAUUAGAAUUAUGUUCAUCGAUCUUGUUGAAAAUUCAGUUUAUUUUGUCUCUUCUCUUAUUCGUGAUCUACUUCUUGCACCUGAAGAAGAUCUUAGCUCUUAGCUUGGUACUCCCAACAUCAUUUUAAUUAAAUUUUUGAAUUCCUUGUCAAGUCUGUAAAACUUCGUGACCAACACACAGGACACCUACGACGGUGAGCAGUCUGCUCGAUGUCAAUCAGCACAGAUUCUUGCACAGAUAUGAAAAGUGAUCGACAUCGAUUUUUGAGAAAUCAAGUAGAAGCAGCUUCGCUGACGAUA